CCGACAGCACGAACACUGAUAUCCGUCACCCAUUUCAUUUGUGGUCAGAUCUAGGAAUACCUGUCCCCCACAGCCCCUCCUCUCCUUCGGUCUCUCUCGUAGCUUGCUCACUCACACACACCAAACACACACACACACUUGCAAAGAGAGAGAGAGCGCAGCAGGGUCGGCUUACAGUUCUCAAGUACUGCGUGACAGCGGACCCAGAGCGCGAGAAUGGAGUUUUGGCUGAAGCUCGCGCUCUGUUGCACUGUCGGUCUCGUAGGAGGUGUUGAUUUUGACAAUAGGUUACCGAGGCCACUGGAGCUGACCAAUGGGCUAUGCUGGUUUGGCUCCAAAGUGGACUGCUGCUGGGGUUGGAGACGAGUCAACUGGGGAGAAUGCCAACCUGUAUGUGAGUCAGGCUGUAAAUACGGUAAAUGUGUCGGGCCAGACAAGUGCGAAUGUCAACCAGGAUACACUGGCAAAACCUGCAACCAAGAUGUGAAUGAGUGUGGAUUGAAGCCAAGGCCCUGUAAGCACAGAUGUGUGAACACUCUUGGCAGCUACAAGUGCUACUGCCUCAAUGGAUACAUGAUGAUGGCUGACAACACUUGCCGAAGUCGUACGUGUGCUCUGGCUAACUGUCAGUAUGGCUGUGAGAUGAAAAAAGGAGAGGUCAGGUGUCUGUGUCCAUCGCCAGGGUUACGGCUUGGACCUGACCAAAAGACUUGUGUAGACGUUGAUGAGUGUGUGACUGGCCUGGCAACGUGUCCACGGUCCAGGCGGUGUGUUAACACAUUCGGGAGCUACCUGUGCACCUGUCACCCCGGGUUCCAGCUUCGCUAUGCCAACGGCCGAUACCAGUGUAUCAGUGACCGAUCCCUCUGCUUUGACACCCCAGGAACUAGGAAGUGCAAAUGCAAAGAAAGUGCUCAUGGGAAAGGCCUCUUCUGCAGACCAUUACUUAAGGUCACCAUACAGCCACCUAGACCAGACAAAAUGACCAUUGUCCCGCCAAUACCCGACAUCGCCACACCAACAAAGAGAACGACAACCAAAGUGGUUAAGCAACCCACAAGGAAACCAACAACAACCACCAGAAAACCAACAACCACAACUACUACCAGAAAACCAACAACAACUACAACGAAGCCAACAACUACAACUGUGACAACAACUACAUCACUUCCUACUACAACUAAAGUCACAACAAUGGACACCACAACACCUACAAGGGCUGUUAUCGAGGAUACUACUGCUAUAGCAACAGAUCCUCUGACAACUACAACCAUGACAACUGUAGCGGCAACCACAAUGGAUUUUAUAACAACUGUAGCACUGACUACCAGGCCAGCAGUAACCACGACAACUGUGGGCCCAACUCCCGUCAGAGUGUCAAAAAAGCCAACUGCAGUCCCAACUACCACUGCACCAUUAGUUACGACUACUAUUCCCAUGGAUAGCACAACUUUCAACAAUAAUAUUGUGGACACACCUAAACCUAGGGGAGAUGUGCACAUCCCUCGUAAAGAAAACCACAACAACGUGUUUGAUCUGGACCUUGACAUCGAACUGGGACUUACUGGAGAUUAUGCCAAGGACCAAGCAAGCCCUGGGUCCGUGAGCUGUUCAUUUGAUGAGGGUAUAUGUCCAUGGAUGACAGACAACGAGGGAGAUGUGCACUGGGAGUCCAGAGAGGAUCCCAGAGGUGGACGGUACCUGGCUGUGUCUGGGGCGCGGUCAGGGCGGAUCUCACGGGGCGCGCGUCUGACCGUGCCCUUUGAGUCAGUGACGGGCCCGCUCUGCCUGUCCUUCCGUAGCUACAUGGUGGGCCAUCAGGCCGGCACGCUGCAGGUGUUUGCCAAGAGGGGGCAUGGCCUCGUCACAGCGUCCUGGACCAGGACUGGUGGCCAUGGAUGGAGACUCGCCCACGUAUCCCUGCAGGGGAGGGGCCUAAAGAGCAUUGUCAUAAAGGGUGAGAAGAGGAAAGGGAGAAGAGGUGAGGUGGUUGUUGAUGACCUCAGCAUACGAAGAGGCCUGUGCAGCAGGACCUGAGUCACCCCCACCACACACCCUCUUUACACUGUCCCUAAAACAUUUCACAGACAGGAUGUUUUUAUAAUGUUUGUUGUUUUGUUUUUGCAUUGUUAUUAUUGUCCUUGUUUUGUUGUUUAUUAUUAUCGUUAAUAUUUUGGCUGCAUCAGCCAAUCAGUAAUCUGACUGUGUGCAUUCCGUCCAUGUGUACUGUAUGAAAGCAUUCAGGAUGAAAUGCACUGAGAGAAACCCAACACUAACCCAGGUUAUGCUCAUGUUUUUGCUACUAAGGGAGUGAUACUGUAGACAUCACACACACACACACACACACACACACACACAGACACACACACACACACACACACACACACACA